CAUGGCCGCGCCGAUCUCCUCUACGACGACAACGACAACGACGCUCCGUUGGAGGCAGCGUUCGUGCAAGACACGGACUGGGGCACCUCCCCCACCAUGUACGCGAGGAAGCUCAUGGCAGAGCGACUCCCGCACCGCGUAGGGAAGACCGACGCAUAUCGCAUUCCGCAAGAUCAAUACGAAUCCACGCUCUUCUGUAUAGCACCGCUCCAAACUCUGCGGGGCUUUGCUGCAGACCGCGGCAUGCUUGCCGUAUUCCGAACAAGCGCGGGCAGACGCCAGCUGAAGGACGUUCCCGCGCAGUUCGUGCAGCACCUCUUCCUGCGCGGCCCUGGGGGAUCCGGUAACAGUUUUUUCAUGACUCAAGUCGCUCUACCUGUAUAUGAACAUUUCUUCCCUGGCUGCACUCGAGGGUUCGCGGCACAGAACAGCGCUGCGAGGCUCAUUGGUGGAUCCACUUUCCACUUCAUGGCAGGCCUCACGCGCCGACAGACCCUUACCCGCAAGCGGCCUUCACGGCAACCCCAGGGAAAAAUGCUACUCCGUUGGAACCACCUCGUGUUGGCAAUGAUCGACGAGGCCAGCGUAGCGGACCCUCAACUUCUAGCGGUCCUCAACGCGCGUGCCAAUUGGGGGCGUCACGACUCGCGCCGCCUUGACCCUUCGACGCUCGCGGACACAACUUUCGGCAACAUACUCGCGCAGAUUUGCAUGGGGGACUUCAUGCAGUUGAACCCCGUGCGAACGCAUUCGCUACUGCAGACAUUUCUGCGGGGCACUGACAUGCACAUGCCCCAUGAGCGCAUUGAGAAAGAACGUCUCGACACAGAAGGCUGGGACAUCUUCGAUAAGCUCUCGGAGUUCGUCAUUCUGUUCCACGGGUGCCACCGUUUCGCGCCAGGAGAUCUCUUACCAGAACUCCUGAAGAUCAUGAGGACACCCGGGGGGCAGAAACUGCCGCCAACCCUGCAGGAGCAGAUCGAGUAA